AUGGCUACAGGAAACUGGACAAGAAUAAGUGAGUUUAUCCUCAUGAGCUUCUCUUCCCUACCUACUGAAAUACAGUCAUUGCUCUUCCUGACAUUUCUAACCAUCUACCUGGUCACCCUGAUGGGAAACUGCCUCAUCAUUCUGGUUACCCUAGCUGACCCCAUGCUACACAGCCCCAUGUACUUCUUCCUCAGAAACUUAUCUUUCCUGGAGAUUGGCUUCAACCUAGUCAUUGUGCCCAAAAUGCUGGGGACCCUGCUUGCCCAGGACACAACCAUCUCCUUCCUUGGCUGUGCCACUCAGAUGUAUUUCUUCUUCUUCUUUGGAGUGGCUGAAUGCUUCCUCCUGGCUACCAUGGCAUAUGACCGCUAUGUGGCCAUCUGCAGUCCCUUGCACUACCCAGUCAUCAUGAACCAAAGGACUCGUGCCAAACUGGCUGCUGCCUCCUGGUUCCCAGGCUUUCCUGUAGCUACUGUGCAGACCACAUGGCUCUUCAGUUUUCCAUUCUGUGGCACCAACAAGGUGAACCACUUCUUCUGUGACAGCCCACCUGUGCUGAGGCUGGUCUGUGCAGACACAGCACUGUUCGAGAUCUACGCCAUCAUCGGAACCAUUCUGGUGGUCAUGAUCCCCUGCUUGCUGAUCUCGUGUUCCUAUACUCGCAUUGCUGCUGCCAUCCUCAAGAUCCCAUCAGCUAAAGGGAAGAAUAAAGCCUUUUCUACAUGUUCCUCACACCUCCUUGUUGUCUCUCUUUUCUAUAUAUCAUUAAGCCUCACAUAUUUUCGGCCUAAAUCAAAUAAUUCUCCUGAGGGCAAGAAGCUGCUAUCAUUGUCCUACACUGUUAUGACUCCCAUGUUGAACCCCAUUAUCUACAGCCUGAGAAAUAAUGAGGUGAAGAAUGCCCUCAGCAGGACGGUCUCUAAGGCCCUAGCCCUCAGAAACUGUAUCCCAUAG